AUGCUGAGCAAGCUCCCCUGCGCUCUAGAACUGGCCAUCACUGUUUCACAUCUCCUCACCUGCAGGGUGCAAUGUCAGCUAACUAAGGCAGCACAAGGGUCUUCACUGCGACAAAAAAGAAGCAGAAGGCAGAGUAAGAGCUUCCAAGAAAACGUGUCCAACUUCCACAAGAAGCAGCUUUACAAGGUUUUGAAGGAACAGCAAAGGGACUUCAGAAAGGAAAUCAAAGCCUUCUGCAAAGCAAAUAAGAAUUUCCAUGAGGUGAUAAGAGCCUUCCAGAAGGAGAGCAAAGCCUUAUGGAAGGAAAUCAACACCUUCCGGGAAAAUAACAAAGCUGUCAAAGAAGAGAUUAAGAAUGUUUUAGAACAGAGUGAGGAGUUCUCACAAAACAUCAGAGUCAUCCAGAUGAAUGAAAAUGUCUUCCAGAAACAAGCUAGUAACAUUCAGGAGAAGCUUGAAGAAUUCUGGAAUAAAAUGAAGGCUGCUGAGGAUUUGAUUGAGGUUCUUGGUGAAAGGAAUAAGGCUGGCCAGGAACUGGUCAAGGCUUUCCUAAAACAAAAUCAAGAUAUCCAAGAACAGAAUAAAGCCAUGUAUAAGAAGAACAAAGUCCUGCAGGGUAAGAAUAAAGCUCUGCAGAAAGAGAACAGGGCUUCCUGGAAGGACCAUAAAGUUCUCUGGAAGAAGGACAAGGUCUUCUGGGAUGAAGAGAUGGCCAUCUCAAGUAGCAAACUCAUUCUGUGGGAAGAGUCCAUAGCUUUCAAGGAGAAUGACUGGAAGAUUCAGAAAGAAAAAGAAGCUCUGGGGGAUGUGGUGGAAGCCCUGCAGGAAAAAAAGAAAAUUUUCCUUUUGAAAAAUGUUUAUAUUCUUCCAGGAGAGGAGAAACUGCCUGAAAGAGAAGAGAAAGAUCUUUAAGACAAUCACAGACCAGCUGUGGGCGCUGGAAGUGGAGCCUCAGAGCAAAUUGGGCAGAUCUGAAACACGACUUAUCUUUUGAACAGAAUGCAGAUGGGCUUCAAUUCUUUUACAGUAAAAUAUUGCUUUAGCUUUA